CGGGAGUGCGACAGAAAGGUUCGGCGCGUUGCCUUGUAAGGCGGACACAAGUGAGUGAGUGGUGGAGUGGAGUUUUUAUCUCUCCCCGUUGUUAUAAACUUUACAAAACUAAUGAAUGCAUGAACUGUGGUGCGGUGACUCCGACAUUCAACAAAUUCCCCUCCCCCCCCCUUAAUUUUGUGAGCAAAACCGACACGAGAUAUUCAACUGAAACAGUGUCUUCAUGUUUACAUUGGUCGUGAGAACGAGAAAUUCGCGCGCUUGUGUCCGGAGUGAUUCUGGAGUGAUACGAUAGAGUGAGAGGGCAACUCAUAAGAGGUAAAAAGUCGCUGGAAGGGGAACACACGUCGCUCAUAUGCGACCUUGAAAUUGCGUAUACGUAAAAAUAUUAGGGAAAAACACACGACAAUCCGUCAAAAGUACACGAGGACACCAUUUUAUACUAGUGGUGUAUGGUAUACGAGAGAAUAAUAAACUGGUGAAUUUCUAUUAAUAGUUGGACAAGUGGGUCUGGUUUAUCUGACAUUUGCGAGGGUGUUGUUGAGUAUUUUAAUCGCAAUUUUCAUCGGUUUGUCGGGGAAAGGGACGUGGACGUGCAGCAUAACCUCCAAAACGCUGGGGUAACCAGUCUGUGCGUUUGAAUCUCGUUUUGGGUGAUUGAGCAGGGGAAAAAGUGACGAGAAUGGGAACAACGAUCUCUAUUUUUUCGAGAGUCCAGUGUAAUUGAAGUAAAAUCGUGAGUACGUGGGUAGAGGAAUAAAAUUGGGAGAGCGGGAGCAGCAGAAAUAUUGUUGGACUUGAUCAGUUGAUGGAUGAAAGUGCAAGAAUGCUGCAGCACGGAGGUUCUAACGUCGGUUUGAUGGGUGGUAAUGGUGGCCAGGGUGCCCAGAAUGCUGGUGGUUAUGGAAGUAUGGGACCGGUUGAUGGGUCAGCAUCACAGGGGCCCGAGCAGGCUGUUGAGGCGCGUAAACAGGACAUCGGUGAAAUAUUACAACAGAUCAUGAAUAUCACUGAUCAGAGUCUGGACGAGGCGCAAGCCAGAAAACACACCCUCAACUGCCACAGAAUGAAGCCAGCGUUAUUCUCAGUGCUCUGUGAAAUAAAGGAGAAAACCGUUCUCUCGCUGAGGAAUACCCAGGAGGACGAGCCCCCAGAUCCCCAACUGAUGAGACUAGACAAUAUGCUAGUGGCUGAGGGUGUAGCUGGGCCUGAGAAGGGUGGUGGUGCUGGUGCAGCAGCCUCUGCCUCGGCAGCAGCAGCUGCUGGACCACCAGGACAGCCAGACAAUGCCAUCGAGCACUCGGAUUAUCGUGCCAAGCUCGCUCAAAUCCGACAGAUUUAUCAUCAGGAGCUCGAGAAAUACGAACAGGCAUGCAAUGAAUUCACAACGCAUGUUAUGAAUCUCCUGAGAGAACAGAGUCGCACAAGGCCAAUUACCCCGAAGGAAAUCGAGAGGAUGGUGCAGAUUAUUCACAAAAAAUUCUCCAGCAUUCAGAUGCAGCUCAAACAGUCGACUUGCGAGGCAGUUAUGAUUCUCAGGAGUCGAUUCCUCGAUGCCAGACGUAAACGAAGGAAUUUCAGCAAACAGGCUUCCGAGAUACUCAACGAGUACUUUUAUUCACACCUAAGCAAUCCCUAUCCGAGCGAAGAGGCGAAAGAGGAGCUUGCGAGGAAGUGCGGCAUCACCGUCAGUCAGGUAUCCAAUUGGUUCGGUAACAAGAGGAUACGUUACAAGAAAAACAUCGGCAAAGCGCAGGAAGAGGCGAAUUUAUACGCGGCUAAAAAGGCUGCCGCAGCUUUUGCAGGAGCAUCGCCGUACAGUAUGGGCGGUGCUAGCCAGGGCACACCAACGCCGAUGAUGUCACCAGCACCACCAGGUGGUCCACAGGACAUGGCUGGAUACGGUAUGGGAAUUAAUGGAAGUGAUUAUGGCUCGCAACCCUACAACGACGGCUCAAUGGGUUACGACCCGAUGCAUCAGGAGCUGUCGCCUUGAAAUCCUUAGAAGAUACUGGAAACAUUUUAAAACAAAUCCUUUAAAAGUAAAAUGCAAAUGAUAAAUAAGAUUCGAUCACCAUACAAUCUGUGAUCCAAUGCUCCCCCCCUAAAGGCGAGCAAUACGAAAUAAGAUCGAUAUUAAAAUUAAUAAUAUUAAGAUAUUCUGUUUCCCGAGGACAAGGAGUGUCUCCUUAUCAUCAAUAUUAUCAUUUUAAAAUUGAAUAUAUUCGACAGUGAAGAUCAGCCCCAUCAAGAUACGAUAAACAGUUGAGAAAUGGAAACUAGUGUUUCUUCAGUCAAAAAAAAAAAGAGUAAGAUAUAUAUUUUUGCGGCACUCCUUGUAUCCAAUGCCGCCUUUCCCAAAAGAUUUAGCAGUCUCCCUGAGAUGCAGAGCAGUGAAAAAGAAAAAAGAAUGACUAAACGAAGAAAAAAAUUUACGAGAACGAAAAUAUAUUAUAUAUUUAAGAAGAAUAAGAAAAGAUAAAUUAAGAUGGGAAACGAAGCAAUGGUCCUGCAACACAACACUGAUGUAUACGAUUUUUCAACAUGAAAAUUAUUAUAUAUUGUAGCAUAUAGAAGUAUAUAAAUGAUAAAUGAAGAAAUGAAGAUUAGUCUCUAGACAAAUUGUAACAGCUGAAGACAUCAUUAUGAACGGCGUUGCUAUUAUAACAAUGAUUUAUUAGUUAUUGCCAUUAUUAUUAACGUGAUUACUACAUUUUUACAAGUGUAUUAUUACAAUUACGUCAUCUGUACUGCUGCGAGGAAUUUUAUCUUAUUUUACUGUCUUUUUGGAUAAAUCAUCACUGAAUCAUGGAGAAAGAAUUAUAGUGAUUGGACAAGUGAAUAUGAUAUAUUAUUAAUUUUAUCGAUUAAACGAGUUGACGAGGUACAUGAGGACGAGGUGAACCUACGCCGAUCGAUGAUAAACGAUGCAUAACUAGUGUUUAGACGAAAACAGAGGAAGAGGAAAGGAUAAUCCUCUUCUGUUGUAUAAAAUGGUGAAGACGAUAAAAAAAAAACAUUUGAGGGAAACGCGAUUAGGUGGGUUAACACUGUUGUUAAUAAAUAUGUCGCAAAAGGAGUGUAGCUAUUGGCUAAAGGUAGUAUUGAUUUGUAAAAGAUCGUGGGUAGGCGAGAGUGAGAGGGACGAGGAGAGGGAGAGAAAAGACGCGCAGGUCAUUGCGGCGACAAUUGCAGGAAUUUUGCGUGUUUACCACUGUCUUUGGCCAAUUUUUACCCUCUCAAUUGUUUUUUCAUGAUUUUUCAUUUCAAGUUGUUUUUUGCGACCAGUACAAGUGCAUUCGGCACAGCUAGUAUACGAUAAAAACUAAUGCCCGGGGUGAUAAUGCACUCGUGCAUUCGUCAAACUUUGUGGCAUCGACUUAGGCACUACCUAACAUUUUAGUAAGUGAAGAUACAAAAAAAAAAUAAUGAGAAAAAUGAAAAAAAAAUGUGAAUUGAUCAUAAGGAGAGAAUUAACAUUUAACAUUUAUGGAUUCGCUGUAUAAAAUAUAUUCAUAUUUUUCAUUCCUUCCUGUGAAAGAUGAAACACUUGAGAUAUGAGUGAAAUUAAAAAAAUCCUUUUCCUGCAUUCUUCACAUUUUUGUCUCCGUCCCGUGGAAAAAUCCCCCGAUUGAAUACAUUGUUCUGUUUCUUCGAUUUUUUGAAUAUGUUUUUUUAAUUGAAAUUUGUGAAUGAGGGCGGGAUGUCGGCGAUUUUGCCAGCCAACGUUGGACGGACAUUUUUUAAAUAUAGAGAUGGCUAGGACUCGGCCGUUGAGGAAUAAUAUAAUUUUUUGACACAAUUUUAUUUCCAAAGCUCUUUGGAAAUUCCGAUGAACGGCGCAACGUUGGGCGGGGAAAUUGACGAUGUUUGGACCCAUGAGAUACGACAGUAUACCACAAGAUAUCAUUGUAUCGAUUGAAUGCAUUAUGAUAAACUCAAUAAAAGGCUCUAAAAUUAUUA